CUUCCGGGUGGCCGGUUAUCGAGGAGUCACUGCCAUUACCUGCAAGCUGCAGUAGAAGGAAAAAAGCCGGACAAAAUGCAAACAUCCCUAGCUAAUCUCGCCAUUUUCUCAUUUUUGCACGUUUUAUUGUCGCUGUCUUGUUUUCAAGAGGUCGCCGGAGACGCCAGCGCAAGAGGAUUUGGAGAUAAGAUCCACUGGAGGACGCUGGACGAUGGCAAGAAGGAGGCCGAGGCCAGCGGCCUGCCCAUGAUGGUCAUCAUCCACAAGAGCUGGUGUGGAGCCUGCAAAGCACUGAAGCCCAAAUUUGCUGAAUCCAAGGAAAUCGCUGAACUGGCGCACAACUUUGUGAUGGUCAACCUGGAGGACGAGGAGGAGCCCAAGGACGAGGCCUUCAGCCCAGAUGGUGGAUACAUUCCUCGGAUUCUUUUCCUCGACCCCACCGGCAAAGUUCACCCUGAAAUAACCAACAAAAACGGGAACCCCAACUACAAGUACUUCUACAGCAGCGCAGAGCAAGUCUUGUCCGGCAUGAAGGAGGCGCAGGACGCACUGACGGGCGACGCUUUCAAGCAGGGUCACACCGGAGACGAGCUGUGAGGAGGAGGAGGCUGUGAGACGGGCGUCCGGCUGUAAGGGCUACACUUCCUCCACUACAGACAAAAACAAACAAACAAACAAACAAACAAACAAAAAAAACCCUUACUCUAUUUAUACACAUCACGCUGGGGUCCGUCUCACUCUCUUUCUUCUUUUUUUUGAUUCCGUAUGAUUUCUCCCCGUUAUUACUCAUUUCCCUGUCUCCCGUUUUAAACCGUGUACAGUGUAUUUGUACGCUUGUUAACUGAAUGCCAUAAACCGUCUGUAGAGGAUGUAAUAACCCACUCGAGCUAUAAGCCACGUUAAGCCUCCGUCUGCUACGAACUCUCACACGCUUGAUACGAAGUGUGCUGAGGUUUUUAAGGAAACUUCCCAGAGAUUCACAAACACACGUCGAGCAAUAUGACAUCAGUUGAAACCCCCUUUUUAAUGGCAAAAAGAUCCCUUAUGUGCUUCCACACAUCCUCUACAGUACGUUAAUUAUAUCCGUGACUACUUCUGAUUUACGUUCUUCGUUUAAUCCUGCCAGUUUAUUGUGAAGUGAUUAUAUUUUCUUUCUACUGGCUUUGUUAAAACGCUUUAAAUGAGGGGGGUGGGAACAUUGGUUAAGUGUCUUGAUGUAUUUUAUACAUGUGCACGGCCAAGUGUGCAAAAAUAAAAGUUUGUUGUACUGA